CUGGGGGCGGGCUCUAGUCGCUGAGAUCCGGAGGGUUUCGCGCGGGGUCCAGGCGCCGCACAACCGCCGCGGGGCCGUGGUUACGGUCUCCCGAGCCCAGCUGCUCCCUUUGGGGAGGAGGCACCAGCGGGGUCUUACUUUAGGGUGAGGUUUCCAUUUUGGUUUGUCCCCCAACGGGCUCUGUCCGGACCACGGCUUAUCCUAACCUCCCCUUUCCGCCAGAGAGGGCUUCCCUGCCACAGGCGUCGGGUCAGGAUGAGGUCUCCGUUCAUGGCCCUUCCAUGGCUUCCCAGGAAAGGGUGGAGGCAGUGACCAAAGGAACAGGGUUCUGGCGCUGCUCCAAGCCAGCCACUUACACCCCCGGGACCUGCAAGCUGCUCAGAGUGAUGAUGAAGGAAUCCAAACUGACAAACUUCCAACAGCGACACAUCAUGGACACCAUGAAAAGAGGAGACACUCUGCCCCUCCAGUGCAGCCCAACAUCCAGCCAGAGGGUCUUGCCUCCCAAACAGCCGGCCUCGGCCAUGUACCUGCCUCCCAUCCUGGUGGCCCGGCCCCACCUCCGGCCUGCCAGUGUGUGCCAAGCCGGCGGGGCCUAUAGCCGGGAACCAUUCAAGCCUCAAGCCACCCGAGAUCUGGAGAAAGAGAAGCGAAGACUCCAAAACAUUUUUGCCACUGGGAAGGACUCCGAGGAACGGAAAAGGAAGCCCCCUCCGGUGCGACAGGAGGACCCAGCCCCUGAGCUGGACCGGUUUGAAGAAUUGGUAAAGGAAAUCCAGGACAGGAAAGAAUUCCUGGCUGACAUGGAGGCGCUGGGACAGGCCAGACAGUACCGAGGGAUCAUCCUUUCGGAGAUCUCCCAGAAACUGCGUGAAAUGGAAGACAUUGACCACAAGAGGAGUGAGGAACUUAGGAAGGCUCUUGCCACCCCUUGAUCUGCCUCCAGAGACAGGAGCAGAGUAGCCCAACCUGGACCACUGGAGCCCCACCCCAUCGCCAAGCAGGCUCCCCCGCCCCCCCCCCCCCAUCAGCCCACCUACCCUGGCCUUCAGCCACGUCAAAUGGCCACACGGCACUGCCCUGGCCCGGGGAACCCUGGGCACACGCAGCACCCUAGAAAAUGGCCCAAUCUCCGAGAAUGAGCUGAUUCUCCUCAAGGCUCUGCCCAGGGAGCCUGGGUCGGCUGAGCCACUGAGACCGACAGUCACAGUCACAGACAUGCACGAGUGAAGGCAAGGCCCAAUCGCACCCUCUUGGCCACGUGUCAGAGGGCAUCCCACGGGCCCCUUCCUCCCCACCGAGCACCCCCUGUGUGCCCUACGCAUUUGCUUUUCAGAACCCAGGAAUGAAUGGAAGCCCUUUCGACCUA